GCGGCUGAAGGCUGAAUUGCGGUUUCUUGGCCAUGGCCUCUGAGAAGCGGGUGGUGGCGGUGACCUGCACCGCGCCGGUCAACAUCGCGGUCAUCAAGUACUGGGGAAAGCGAGAUGAGGAUCUGGUCCUGCCCAUCAACUCCUCUCUGAGUGUCACUUUGCACCAGGACCAGCUGAGAACCACCACCACAGCCGCCAUUAGCAAGGACUUCACCGAGGACCGGAUCUGGCUGAACGGCCUGGAGGAGGACGUGGGGCAGCCCCGCCUCCAGGCCUGUCUGAGGGAGAUCCGCCACCUGGCCCGGAAGCGGAGGAGCGCCGGUGACGAGGACCCAGUGGCCCUCGGCCUCGGCUACAAGGUUCACAUCGCAUCCAUGAACAACUUCCCCACGGCUGCGGGCCUGGCCUCCUCAGCAGCGGGUUACGCCUGCCUAGCCUAUACCCUGGCCCGGGUCUACGGGGUUGAGAGUGACCUCUCGGAAGUGGCACGCCGGGGCUCGGGCAGUGCCUGCCGGAGCCUGUAUGGUGGCUUCGUGGAGUGGCAGAUGGGGGAGCGGGCCGAUGGGAAGGACAGCAUCGCCCGGCAGGUGGCCCCGGAGUCACACUGGCCGGAACUCCGAGUUCUCAUACUUGUGGUGAGCGCGGAGAAGAAGCCGACGGGCAGCACCGCGGGCAUGCGGACCAGUGUGGAGACCAGCCCCCUGCUCGGGUUCCGGGCUGAGUCGGUGGUGCCUGCACGCCUGGCAGAGAUGGCCCGCUGCGUGCAGGAGCGGGACUUCCCGGGCUUCGCCCAGCUGACCAUGAAGGACAGCAACCAGUUCCACGCCACCUGCCUGGACACCUUCCCGCCCAUCUCUUAUCUCAGCGACACGUCCUGGCGCAUUGUGCAUCUGGUGCACCGCUUCAACGCCCACCACGGGCAGACCAAGGUGGCAUACACGUUUGACGCGGGCCCCAAUGCUGUGGUCUUUGCCCUGCACGACACCGUGCCUGAGUUUGUGGCUGCUGUGAGGCACUGCUUCCCCCCCGAGUCAAACGGAGACAAGUUUCUCAAGGGGCUGCCCGUGCCACCCGUCCCACUCUCAGACGAGCUUAAAGCGGCGCUGGACGUGGACCCCACCCCCGGCGGCGUCAAGUACAUCAUUGCCACCCAGGUGGGACCCGGGCCUCAAAUCCUGGAGGACCCUCGCGCUCACCUCCUGGGCCCGGACGGCCUGCCGAAGCCGGCUGCUUGACCGCCUUUCCUGAGGGGAGCUCCGGCCGUCCCUGGAAGAAGGCUGCUUCACUGGGAACGGGGUCGCUGG